ACCAAUGGGAGGAGAGAUGGUCUACUAUAAAUCACCGUCUCAAGUCAUCAGACUGACCGGAGAGCUGCUGGUGGUUUGUGAGCUCCUCGGCCGGAAAAAUAGGGAUCUUUGUCUCAACCCCUGGUAGUAAUAGUAAUCCACAAAUCCGACAACAGGGAUCAGCCAUGCCUUUCGGUAACACGCACAACCAGCUGAAGAUGAAGUACACCUCGGAGCAGGAGUACCCGGACCUCAGCAAACACAACAAUCACAUGGCCAAGGUCCUGACUCCUGCUAUGUACGAGCGGCUGAGGAGCAAACAGACACCCAGUGGAUUUACUCUGGAUGAUGUCAUUCAGACUGGGAUUGAUAACCCAGGCCACCCCUUCAUUAUGACUGUGGGCUGCGUCGCUGGAGACGAGGAGACAUACGAGGUCUUCAAAGAGCUGCUGGACCCCGUGAUCGAGGACAGACAUGGAGGAUACAAACCCACAGACAAGCACAAGACCGACCUGAACCCAGCCAACCUGAAGGGUGGCGACGACCUCGACCCCAACUAUGUUCUGAGCUCCCGUGUCCGAACAGGCCGCAGCAUCCGCGGCUUCUGCCUGCCACCUCACUGCAGCAGAGGAGAGAGACGCGCCGUGGAGAACCUCUCCAUCGAAGCUCUGGCCUCCCUGACCGGAGACCUGAAGGGGAAAUACUACGCCCUGAAGAACAUGACGGACGCUGAGCAGCAGCAGCUCAUCGAUGACCACUUCCUGUUUGACAAGCCAGUGUCUCCUCUGCUGCUGGCCUCAGGGAUGGCCCGCGACUGGCCCGACGCCAGGGGCAUCUGGCACAACGAUAACAAGACAUUCCUGGUGUGGGUGAAUGAGGAGGACCACCUGCGUGUGAUCUCUAUGCAGAAAGGCGGCAACAUGAAGGAAGUGUUCAAUCGUUUCUGUACCGGACUCACCAAGAUUGAGAGCCUGUUCAAGGAGAGAAACCAUGCAUUCAUGUGGAAUGAGCACCUGGGCUACGUCCUCACCUGCCCAUCUAACCUGGGCACAGGCCUGCGUGCAGGUGUGCACGUCAAGCUGCCCAACAUGAGCAAACAUGCCAAGUUUGAGGAGGUUCUCAAGAGGCUGAGACUCCAGAAACGUGGAACUGGUGGCGUGGACACGGCCGCUGUGGGCGGAGUGUUUGACAUUUCCAACGCUGACAGACUGGGCUUCUCUGAGGUGGAGCUGGUGCAGAUGGUGGUCGAUGGAGUCAGGCUGCUGGUGGAGAUGGAGAAGAAGCUGGAGAAGGGCCAGUCCAUCGACGACAUCAUGCCCGCCCAGAAGUAAAACCACCCCGACACUCCUCCCCCCCUCCCAGUAUCCUCUCCCCAGUACCCCCCUCCUCCUCUCCCCAGUACCCCCCUCCUCCUCUCCCCAGUAUCCUCUCCCCAGUACCCCCUCCUCCUCUCCCCAGUACCCCCUCCUCCUCUCCCCAGUAUCCUCGCUCCCCCUCCUCAGUCCCCCCCCCCCUCUCUCUCCCCCGAACCCCCCCAGUCUGAAUGAAUGCACUCUAUCAGUUUGGCUUUAUGUAUUUAAGAAGACGGUUCCUGUACAGUGAGGAUGAUCUGAAAUAAAAACAAUCUUAUUAAACUUG